AUGGAGAAAGAGGCGGCGGAGGGAGGAGGAGGAAGAGGAGGAGCAGGGUUUUGGUGGGUAGCAGGGGGAGUGACGCAACUGGCAGUAGCAACAGUUGCAUACAGAAGGGGGUGCGGGGAUGCGCUGAUGCCCGUAAAAGCAUUUGGAGUUGCCUCUCUGUAUGUAGGAGCAGCGGCCUGUGCUCUUGGAGGAGCCCUCCAUCACUCUGGGAUUCAUCAGGUGGGUGAUCUGGUUCGACUUGGAGAAAGUAUUAGAAGAAGAUUAGGGGUUCCUCCUCGACGUCAGUCAUAG